AUGAAGACUGGAAACACAACCGCGCAAUACAUGGUAAACCAAAUUUACGUCGAAAAGCUCAUCCCAGCAAAUCCGACCGAAGAGCAUCCUUUAGUCUUCAUGCACGGAACCGGCCAAACCGCGACAAACUUCCUGAACACACCGGACGGCCGACCAGGCUGGGCCUCUUUUUUUCUAUCGCAUGGCUACACUGUCUACCUCAGCGAUCAGCCAUCGCGCGGACGAUCUCCAUGGCUUCCAAACACCGGCACAAUGGCAAGUUCUAGCACCGCCCUAAUAGAGCAGCUCUUCACCUCAUGCUCAUCUCACAACACCUGGCCCACGUCAAAACUGCAUACCCAAUGGCCAGGAACAGGUAAAGUGGGUGAUCCAAUCUUCGACGCCUUCUACGCGACCCAAAUCCAGUAUCAGGCCGACAAUCUGAUGUCCGAAGCUGAGAACGCGAAAGCAUACACGGCGCUUCUCGAUAAGAUCGGCCCAGCACACGUUAUCACGCAUAGUCAGGCCGGUGCUUACGGAUGGCGAGUUGGGGAUCUUCGACCGCAACUCGUCCAGAGCAUCGUAGCGCUCGAACCGGCGGGGCCACCAUUUAUCGGCAGAAUCUUCGGUUCAGCACCUGCACGGCCAUAUGGCAUCACGGAGCUCGAAGUUGCUUAUGAGCCACCUGCAGGGCCCAAUGCGACGCACAUUCAAACUGUAGUUUUGCCAGCUAAGGAUACGAACCACAGCGAGUGUAUUAUGCAGGAUGAACCGGCGAAGCAGUUGGUAAAUCUAUCGCAUAUUCCGGUACUAGUGGUGACUUCAGAGGCGAGCUAUCAUGCGUUAUACGAUCAUUGUACUGUAGAUUAUUUGAGACAGGCGGGUGUCGGGGUCGAUCAUAUGGAGCUUGGUAAAGAGGGAAUUCACGGUAAUGGGCAUAUGUUCUUCAUGGAGAAGAACAGCGGAGAGAUUGCAGACAAGGUCCUGAGUUGGCUUCGAUAUUCUUUGGAUCAUACAUUUGCAUCACUCAUGAGGCAUACGGAGUCUUCCACGUGGAUAUAA